AUGAUAUGGUUCCAUCCGUGGGGACGUUCACAAAAUGGGUGGGAGGCGUAUGCGGGCUGCACGCGUGAUAGCUUCACCUCAUUGAAGAUAAGUCGGUCACAUCACGGCGAAGCUUUCAAGGAACGCACGGCGAGUUGGAGGCGCAUGCUCGUGACACAGCCCCCGAUUAGGAAGAUUGGCUGCUACAUGUCAGAAGUUUGGGCAGGCUGCGUGCCCGAUGACAGCAUGUACCGACUGAAGAUUCUUGAAUUCCCUGAUGGCUUACGUAUGGGGAAGCUCUAUGAUAUGGCCCAGAACUGGAUGGGUUCGGGCGGCGGUGACUUCUUCAAUGUCUUCUGGGACGUGGGCGAUUUCGACGGGCUCAGUCGGCUGCGGCGCUACCCUCAUGGACCUCAAGGCGGUCCGCCAAGGCUGGCUCACUUGGUGGACAUCAUCUUAGAAGGUCACCGGACCGUGUCCGCAAAAGGUAGGAUUUGUGGCCGGGUCUCAGAAGAGAGGCGAUUCAAUAAGCUGUACGCGUACCCGCAUCGUAAAACCGAAGGAUCAGCUCUUGAGCCUGUCACAGACAGCGGUUAUAAACCCGUGAGAAGCUAUGCUGGCGUAGCCAGCGAUGAGUCAAGAGGCCAACCACAGCCACAUCAUGUCGGAGCUUUUGGGGUCCAUCAUCAACAAUUCAUCCACAAGCAGCGUGUCGUCAAGUUGUCGGAUUCCACCGUCCAACUCCUUGCGCAAAGUGAGAUCAGCAUCUUGAGUCUAGGCAAACGAUACUACCUUCAAGGCAAGGAUGUACCGGCGUGGCCCACCAAGAAACACGCCGACGACGGCAAAAUGCCAGAAUGUAAAGCCACUGUGCAGGACAGGCCGUACAUUCCCAGGCCUUCACGCACCCAGCAGCUCUUCAACCCCAAACUGGUCCCAAAACUGACAGAGGCGACACCGCCCGAGCUCCAGAAGAAGAGGGGAGUAGCCGAUGAGCAGCUAGCCCAGCUCGAGGCUGAGCGAGCGAAGAAAAGAGAGCUUGAAAGGGGAGGCAUCGAGGAGGAGAGAGGAGAAAUGGGCCCUCACGCGAGCCUCCACGUCAACAAUCUCGGAGUCCGUCAUUUGACCAGCAAAACCUGCGGCGUUCUCCAUAUGGUUCUGCUAGCCAACACAGCGCGAGGGGCCCACGUCCAGGAGAACGAGGCAGACAAACAAGUCCGCAGUAUCAUGGCUCCCGGGCGUCAAGAUCGCCCUACCGUCGUACGGACUCACCAGGUGGACCAUAUCAAAGGCCCAAAGAUGGCGAGACAUCCCCCUCUCCGCAAACCCAGCGACGGUAUCGUUCCAGGUCCCCAGAUAGCCGGACUCAUGAUCGUGGCCUCCAGAGCCGCCCAGCACAGGACCCUCGAGGUUCAGAACGAGGUGGUCCCCGCAGCGCAGGGAGGGGAGACGCGCCACCGCGGGAAAGACGGGAGCGUAGUUUAA